AUGCAUCCGUCCGACGUUCCAGCAACAGUGGUGGAGAAGAAGAAAGAGAAGGAGAGGCCAAGUGUGUCAGUGUUUAAGCUCUUCUCCUUUGCUGAUUUCUAUGAUUGCGUUUUGAUGGCUCUUGGAUCCAUUGGUGCGUGUKUUCAUGGAGCUUCRGUUCCGGUCUURUUCAUCUUCUUCGGCAAACUCAUCAACAUCAUCGGUCUUGCUUACCUCUUCCCACAAGAGGCUUCUCACAAAGUCGCCAAGUACUCGUUGGAUUUUGUAUAUCUGAGUGUGGUGAUACUCUUCUCAUCAUGGAUAGAGGUUGCAUGUUGGAUGCAUACGGGAGAGAGACAAGCAGCGAAGAUGAGAAAAGCUUAUCUCCGAUCAAUGUUAAGUCAAGACAUAAGCUUAUUCGACACCGAAGCUUCCACCGGAGAAGUCAUCUCCGCCAUCACUUCUGACAUUCUUGUCGUCCAAGACGCUCUCUCUGAGAAGGUAGGGAAUUUCUUGCACUGCAUGAGCCGAUUUAUAGCCGGUUUUGCAAUCGGAUUCACAAGCGUAUGGCAAAUAAGUCUCGUCACUCUCUCCAUAGUCCCACUCAUUGCUCUGGCCGGUGGCAUCUAUGCAUUCGUCAGCACCGGACUCGUCGUCCGUGUCCGGAAAGCAUAUGUGAAGGCCGGAGAAAUUGCGGAAGAGGUGAUUGGGAAUGUGAGGACCGUACAAGCGUUCACGGGAGAAGAAAAGGCGGUGAGAUCAUACCGAMAAGCUCUGAAGAACACCUACACUUACGGUAGAAAAGCCGGUUUAGCCAAAGGACUAGGGCUCGGUUCGAUGCACUGUGUCCUGUUUUUGUCUUGGGCUUUGCUUGUUUGGUUCACAAGCAUCGUUGUUCACAAGGGAAUUGCUAAUGGCGGCGKAUCUUUCACUACCAUGCUUAACGUCGUCAUCGCUGGCUUGUCUCUGGGACAGGCAGCUCCUGACAUUUCAACAUUUGUACGAGCGAGAGCUGCUGCGUAUCCGAUUUUUCAGAUGAUCGAACGGAACAAAAAGGCGAAAAUAGGCCGUAUACUCGGGAAAGUAGACGGACACAUUCGAUUCAGCGAAGUGAGUUUUACCUACCCAUCUCGACCUGAUGUGGUGAUCUUUGACAAGCUAGACCUCGAGAUUCCAGCUGGGAAAAUCGUGGCACUUGUCGGAGGAAGCGGGUCCGGGAAAAGCACGAUUAUUUCUCUAAUCGAACGGUUCUACGAGCCUACCGAUGGAGCAGUGUUUCUUGACGGGAAUGAUAUCAGAUACUUGGAUCUCAAGUGGCUAAGAGGACAAAUAGGUCUAGUUAAUCAAGAGCCUGCUCUGUUUGCAACCACGAUUCGUGAGAACAUUAAGUAUGGUAAAUCCUAUGCCACAACUGAGGAAYUUACCKGUGCAGCAMAUCUCUCGGAAGCUCUCACAUUCAUCAACAAUCUCCCGGACGGUUUCGAAACCCAGGUUGGUGAGAGAGGGAUUCAGCUAUCCGGUGGGCAGAAGCAGAGGAUCGCGAUAUCGAGAGCCAUCGUUAAGAACCCUUCAAUACUAUUACUCGAUGAGGCCACAAGCGCUCUAGACGCGGAGUCAGAGAAAAGCGUACAAGAAGCUUUGGACCGAGUGAUGGUUGGGAGGACGACAGUUGUGGUGGCUCACAGACUCUCCACAGUAAGAAACGCCGACAUUAUAGCCGURGUUGAAGGAGGAAUGAUCAUCGAGUGCGGAAGCCACAACGAACUCAUCUCUAACCCUUAUGGAGCUUACUCUUCUCUCCUUCGUAUCCAAGAAGCUACCAACCCUAGCUUGAACCACACUCCAAGCAUACCAAUCAGUACAAAUUCUUUGCCUGAARUACCAGUUAUAGCACAGAGGUGCUUAUGCUCCAGUCAUCAAUCAGUAAAUCUACGAGACACGACCAAACAGGAACAAGACAAAGUAACGWUGGGACGUCUCUACUCUAUGAUCCGUCCGGACUGGAAGUACGGAAUCUGUGGGACAUUAGGUUCCUUAGUCGCGGGAUCUCAAAUGCCGCUUUUCGCGCUUGGGAUCUCCCAGGCUUUAGUUUCUUAUUACAUGGACUGGGACACUACUCAAAAAGAGGUCAAGAGAAUCUCUAUCCUCUUCUGUUGUGCCUCGGUCAUAACCGUCAUCGCGCACGCCAUUGAGCAUACCACCUUCGGCAUUAUGGGUGAGCGUCUCACUCUCCGCGUCCGCCAAAAGUUGUUCUCAGCGAUCUUGAGGAAUGAAAUCGGGUGGUUUGAUAAGGUAYAUAACACUAGCUCAAUGUUGGCAUCGCGGCUUGAAAGCGAUGCGGCAUUGCUUAGAACCAUCGUGGUCGAUAGAUCYACGAUUCUACUGGAGAACUUUGGUCUCGUUGUGACCUCUUUCAUCAUUUCUUUUAUACUCAACUGGCGUCUCACUCUUGUUGUCUUGGCAACAUAUCCAUUGAUUAUAAGCGGCCAUAUCAGCGAGAAACUUUUCAUGCAAGGCUAUGGAGGACACUUGAGUAAAGCCUAUUUGAAGGCUAACAAGUUAGCAGGAGAGUCCGUUAGCAACAUUCGAACCGUGGCCGCCUUUUGUGCCGAGGAGAAGGUUCUAGAACUUUAUUCCAAAGAGCUUUUAGAACCUUCCAAACGUUCUUUCAGGCGUGGACAGAUUGCCGGGAUUUUGUACGGUGUUUCACAGUUCUUCAUCUUCUCUUCCUACGGCCUUGCCCUCUGGUACGGAUCGAUUCUGAUGGCGAAAGGAUUGUCAAGUUUCGAAUCCGUGAUGAAAACAUUCAUGGUUUUGAUUAUAACGGCGUUAGUGAUGGGUGAAGUGUUGGCUCUAGCCCCUGAUCUUCUCAAAGGAAACCAGAUGGUUGCAUCGGUUUUCGAGCUAUUGGACCGAAGAACUCAAGUCGUUGGAGAUACCGGUGAGGAGCUGGGUGAUGUGGAAGGCACAAUUGAGCUCAAAGGUGUCCAUUUCAGCUAUCCUUCACGGCCCUAUGUGUCUAUUUUCCGCGAUUUCGACCUAAAAAUUCCUUCCGGAAAAAGCAUGGCUCUUGUGGGACAAAGCGGGUCUGGCAAAAGUUCGGUCCUUUCGCUCAUUCUUCGAUUCUACGAUCCUACAGCCGGGGAAAUCCUGAUAGACGGACAAGACAUCAAGAAACUGAAACUGAAAUCGCUGCGAAGCCACAUCGGUCUAGUUCAACAAGAACCAGCUCUGUUUGCAACGACGAUCUACGAGAACAUCUUGUACGGAAGAGAAGGAGCUUCUGAAUCUGAAGUCAUGAUAGCAGCUAAGCUUGCAAACGCUCACACCUUCAUCAGCUCUCUCCCGGAAGGUUACUGUACCAAAGUCGGUGAACGAGGCAUUCAGAUGUCGGGAGGCCAGAGACAGAGGAUCGCUAUCGCUAGAGCCGUCCUCAAGAAUCCAGAGAUUCUGCUCCUUGACGAAGCCACAAGCGCCUUGGACGUUGAAUCAGAGCUUGUGGUACAACAAGCAUUGGAUCGGCUAAUGACGAACAGGACCACGGUGGUGGUGGCUCAUCGGCUAUCUACAAUCAAGAACUCAGAUAUGAUAAGUGUAAUACAAGAAGGUAAGAUCAUAGAGCAAGGAAGCCACAAUAGCCUCGUUGAGAACAACAAUGGUCCUUACUCUAAGCUCAUCAGUCUUCAGCAGCAGCAACAACAAGAUCCUUGA